UGCACACACGUGGCGAAUCAUUAUUGGUCGUUGUGACGCAUAACUGGAAUUGCUCUGAAGAAUCCUACCUUUCUCAGGCGAACGAGGGAGACGAAACGAGGCAACGAAUCCGCCAUGGCAGCUCGUAAGAGAGCUUCCACGAUGUCAGUGUCCAACAAAUCGGAUCCGGCGGAACCCAAAUCAGCGCCACCGGAGCAGAAGAUGACCCGAAAGACCGUUGCUGCUUCCGGUGAGGCGUUCCGUCUCGCGCAGCCGAAACUGGGAGUGAUCUUUGUGAUCUCUACUCUUCUCUGUUCGCUCUAUCUCUACUUUCUCUGUUUUCACUACAAGGUUGACAACGAGCUCAAACGCUCGAUCCUAAUAAACGCGGGGCUUAGCUUGGUUGGGUUCUUAGUCACACUCAAGAUGAUUCCUGUUGCUGCCAGAUACGUUCUUAGGCGUAACAUGUUUGGUUUUGAUAUUAACAAAAGAGGCACUCCUCAAGGAGAUAUUAAAGUGCCUGAAUCAUUGGGUAUUGUUGUGGGAGUUGUCUUCUUGAUCGUGGCGAUCAUAUUUCAGUAUUUCAAUUUUACUGAAGAUUCAAAUUGGCUUGUGGAGUAUAAUGCAGCACUAGCUUCUAUAUGCUUCAUGAUUUUGCUUGGAUUUGUAGAUGACGUCCUUGAUGUGCCUUGGAGAGUGAAACUUGUCCUGCCAACUUUUGCUACCCUUCCACUGCUCAUGGCUUAUGCUGGACAUACGACUAUUGUUAUACCCAAACCUCUAGUUGCUUUUAUUGGCUUGGAAGGGCUUGAUCUAGGACGGAUAUAUAAGUUAUACAUGGGGUUACUUGCCGUGUUUUGUACAAACUCUAUAAACAUACACGCUGGUCUGAAUGGCCUUGAAAUCGGCCAGACUGUUGUUAUUGCUGCUGCUAUCCUGAUACACAAUGUUAUGCAAAUCGGAUCAUCUACUGAUCCCGAGUAUCACCAAGCUCAUGCCUUCUCGAUAUUUCUUACUCAACCGCUGAUGGCCACGUCCUUGGCAAUGCUUGCUUACAAUUGGUAUCCUUCUUCAGUUUUUGUUGGAGACACAUACACAGUAUUUGCUGGAAUGACUAUGGCAGUUGUUGGCAUUCUUGGUCACUUCAGUGAAACCCUCCUCAUCUUCUUUCUUCCUCAAGUUCUGAACUUUCUAUUAUCGCUUCCUCAGCUUGCUGGCAUUGUGAAAUGUCCGCGCCAUCGUCUCCCGAGGUAUGAUACUGCGACCGGAUUACUGACCGGCACAAAAGAUGGGACACUGGUCAAUGUUUACUUGAGGUUGUUUGGUCCUAAAUCAGAAAAGUCACUUUGCAUCCAUCUUCUCGUCUUCCAGGCUUUAGCGUGUGCCUUAUGUUUCAUACUUAGACACUUUCUUGCUGGUUGGUACAAGUAAAAUCUGCAACCUGAAGAACCUUUAGUUGCUCUGUUCUUCAGAGAAGCCACAAAUACAGAAACAUUUAGUUUAGUUUCUUGUACAAUCUAAUAUAGAAACGUAAUCUUUUUGUUAAGAUGGUUUGAACUUUGAAGUAACUCAUGUAAACAAAGUUGACUCAUUUGCUUUCGUUAAAUGAAAUGUCAAGAUUCUCAAAGACAAUGUAUCAUCAUCAUCAUUCCAAGUUAACUAAAAAACGCAACUUUUUAUACUUAAAAGAGAAGAGCAGAAAGAGUUCAAAUUGAAACAAGGAACAUAACUUUUUAAAUCCACGCAACUCUCUCUCUAGGUCAGAAUCCACCACAGCAUUUACUUUAAUUUCUACCCCAAUGAACACAACAACAGUAGUUAAAAAAAAAAAAAA